AUGAAGGUUUUGAUCGCCUUGUUUGUUGUUGUCUUAGUGGAUGUCACCUCACAAUUUAAUCCAACAGGUUCUUGUAACACUAUGAAAUGGGCCAGAUGUGACGGAGACCCAUGCCAGUGCACUCUUCAGUUUUCUAAGCCAUACAAGCAACCAAUUGAUUGUACAAAAUUGAUUCCCAAGUGUUUCCUCAUGAAAGCAGAGAUGUAUCGCGCCAGGUACAACCUGAUCACAAGAUCCAUUGGUGGGAAACCUGUAGAAACUGCCUUUGUGGACAAUGAUGGCAUCUAUGACCCAGAGUGUGAGAAUGAGGGAAAGUUCAAGGCAAUCCAGUGUAAUGGCACUGAUGUGUGCUGGUGCGUCAACAGUGCUGGUGUGCGCAGAAGUGACAAGGGAGACAAGAACAUCAAGUGUGAGCCCGUGGAGACCUAUUGGGUUCACCUGGAACUGAAGCAUAAAGAUGUGGCUGUUCCUCUUGAUGCUACCAAACUGAAGAUUGGGAUUGAGAAUGCUUUGCUGGAACGUUACAAGUUGGAUAAGAAAUUUGUGUCUGAGGUUAAGUAUGACAAAGAUGGCCGUCUCAUUGUUGUGGAUGUCAAAAAGCCUGAGAAAGAACGCAUUACAGACCUGUCCCUCAUGACUUACUACAUGGAGAAGGACAUCAAAUUUAAGCCCCUCUUUCAAGACUAUAAACCAUUUGAAGUCAGUGUUGAGGGAUCAAAGGUGUCCAUGGAGAACAUCCUGGUGUACUAUGUAGAUGAAGUGGCGCCCACCUUCACCAUGCAGAGGCCGACUGGUGGUAUCAUUGCUGUCAUUGUGGUGGUCAGCUUGAUUGUGAUUGCAGGACUUCUGGUUUUGUUCUUCCUCGCAUGGCGACAGAAGGCCCAGUACAGUAAAGCACAGGUUUGUUCUUAUUUAUUUCAGUAUGGUCCAAACUGUGUGGGUACUUCCCCAAUAGAAAGCAAGCUUUUGUAUUCUAACACGUUUCCUUUUGUUCUUGCAGCCCAGAGAGAUGGAGACCAUGUCUUAAAGCUAUUAAUAACGUCUCAUGUACUUGAGCCUGACACUGGGAUGUGCCCUAUGCUGAAGCUUAAACCUGCU